GAGGGGAGUGAAUGAAAUAAGUAGAAGUAAGAGAAAUAAAGAAGUAAAUAUGUGUGUGAUUAAGUUAAGAAAAAAACAAAAGAGAAAGAAAGAAAAAAAAAGAUGGAAAAAAGAAAAGAAUUGACAGGAAUGAGACUCGCGGGAUCGGAAUCAUAUAAUUUUUAUUUCUACCUUGCAGAUGCUGGACAAGAUUCUACUGCAGGCGGCGCUGGCGGUGCUCGUGGGCGCUUUUACCAAUCACGUUCCCCCCGCCUUCCCCUUUCUGCCUUAUGUCUAUCGCCACUCCCCCUUCCAAGCCCCGCCUACUUUCCAAGCCCCGCCUACUUUCCAAGCCCCGCCUACUUUCCAAGCCCCGCCUACUUUCCAAGCCCCGCCUACUUUCCAAGCCCCGCCUACUUUCCAAGCCCCGUCUACUUUCCAUGCCCCGUCUACUUUCCAUGCCCCGCCUACUUUCCAUGCCCUGCCUUCUUUGCAGGUUCCGCCUACUUUCUCGGCCACGCCCCCUUUCCCCAUCCCAUUAACAGUACAGAGCAGCGUCCAUUCUCCUUCUCAGUACCAGAAGGUCUACUCAACUCCGUGGCAGUUUCUGACGCCGGUGUCCAGGAGCGAGAGCCAGACUCUGCCGUGUCCCAGCCAAGGAUUCUACGCCCAUCCCUCCAACUGCUCGGUGUUUUACAGAUGCGUCGACUACAUAGGCACUGGGACGUCCUUCGCCAGGUACCUAUUCCUGUGCCCUUCCGAUCACGUCUUCGCUGAAGAGGCCAGCACCUGCAUCCCGGGAGACUGCAGCAGCGAGUCUCCGGCACCAGGAGAACCAGUAACCGACGCUCCUGCAGUGGUUGAACCUGCAUUACCGACAGUAACGGUAUCACCGGGCUCUGUGGAACCCUCCACAGCAGAACCUGCCGUUCCCGACUCCUUGGAACCAUCUACAGACAACCCAGUAGAACCUGCCGUUCCCGAUUCCGUGGAACCAUCUACAGAUAACCCAGUAGAACCUGCCGUUCCCGACUCCGUAGAACCAUCCACAGAAAAGCCAGUAGAACCUACCGCCCCUGACUCCUUGGAACCGUCAACAGAAAAGCCAGAACCUGCCGUUCCAGACACGGUAGAACCAUCCACUGACUCUCCUGUGGAACAAACGACUGCCUCUCCAACGCCUGUGGAACCAUCAGCUGAGAACCAGGAAUGUACAAGACUGUUCAUCCAGCACACCAAGUACUGUAACGUGUACCACCGGUGUGACGAGCCUAAGACCUUGUACAUGUGCCCCGCCGGGACCGCCUUUGACCAGAGCCGGCAGAUGUGUCGCAUAGCUGCCCACGACGAAGGAUUGUGCGCAGGCCUGGAGAUAAUGUACACCCUUCAGCGGAUGGCCUUGUACAACGGCCACUUUCUCCUGCUUCCUUCUUCCUUCCCGCUCUGAAGUCGUCGAAAAGGAGGGCAAAAAGGAGGAAAGAUAAUCUUGACGAAUAUUCCCUCUCGUCAUGGGAGAAACAUGGCUUUCUGGCCUCUUUAGAAGUCUUUGCGAUUGUUAUGUUUUUUUGUAAUGAAAAAGAUGAGGUCAUUUUGGCUCUGCUAGAUUUUCUUUUCUUUCAUGAAGGGAUUAAUGUUAGUAGUAGAUUAAAGAGGAAAUUUUAAUCCUCACGAAAUAGUGAGUAUAGAAAUUCAGUUUUCGUCGAGAAGGAUCAUGUGUUCUUUGCAAUAUCCAAGGUGCCAUGUCAGCUGAUUAUAGAUUGUGUUCUUUUUAAAAGCAGUCUCAUAUGGAUAAUGUUAUUGUUAUUAUGUUAUGUCUAUGACUAAGGUGAUUUUAUUUAUCUAUUUAUUUGCUAUCACAUUUCUCUAUUUCUUCCGUGUUAUAUUGAAUCGGUAAUCAAGGGUACAUUUUGUUAGAUACCCUUAACAAUGUAUUUAUCUAACAUCUAAUUUAUUCUUUGUGUAAGUAAAACCUGACUAUAGUUAGAAUGAAUAACAAAAUGAUUAAUAAAAGGUGCAAUAAAACUCACACUUUUGUUUUACAUCGUUCUUUAAUGAUAUGUUAAGGCUUUCAGGUAUGUUAAAAGGGACCAAAUAUCACCAUUAUGUGCAUUCAUGAGGGUUAUGGAUAUAUAUUGCUAAUACUAAGGGCUUGUCAGAGACGCGUCAUGAAGAUGAUCCAGUAGACUAUGUUUUGCAGCUGCUAACAAGAAGCUACUUUAUGAUAGGUACUAACAAUUUCCUCUUUUGUUUUGGCUUUUUAUUAUUAUCAUUGUCAUUAUUUCUCUCUCUCUUCUUAUUUUUAUUUUUUUUUACACAAUAUGAGUCAUCAACCGAUCGGAGAAGAACAAGUAUAAAAUUAUGGCAUUCUAACUAAUAAGCAUCAUUAUAUAUGAAAAUAAAGACUAUUAUAUUC